AUGCAAGGAGCCGGGAAACGGCCGACGAAAGUCCCUGACCGGUACAACCCCAGUGCUUCUUACCGUACUCCUUCCAUACUACCUACUUUCGACCUAUCUCUAAACAUGUCUGACAACGAAAGUUCUACCGCUCGCUCUAUUUCCCCCCCUAUUGAAGACUGUCAACCUGACCUACGCUCUUUAUUACUUCAGUUCCAUACAGACUCCAAAAAGCAAUUUAAAGAGUCCCAAAGACAAUGUCAGAAUUCUUUCCUUGAUCUCAAAAAGGAUAUGACAGUUGAUCUCAAAAAGGAUAUGACAGAGAUCAACACUAAUCUAUUAUCAAUACUGGAGAGUACUUCAAAAAGGAUAUGA